AUGGCUAAGCAAGGCACCGAGACCAAUCCAGACACUGUGGUCAAGCCAGACACUGUGGUCAAGCCUGUCAUCGAGGCCAAGCCAGAUCCCAUGGCUAAGCCAGACACUGAGGCCAAGCCAGACACUGUGGUCAAGCCAGUCAUCGAGGCCAAGCCUGAGGCCAAGCCAGAUACCGAAGCCAGGCCAGAGACUGUGGUCGAUCCAGACAUCAAGGCUAAGCCAAACACCAAGAUCGAGCCAGUCGUCGAGGCCAAGCGAAUCACUUGGUCCAAGCCAGACACAAAGCCAGACACCAAGGGCAAGUCCAAGGGCAAGUCCAAUCCCAAGGCCAAGUCCAAUCCCAAGGCCAAGUCCAAGUCCAAAAUGCGUACUUUGAAGAGCUCGUCCCGUCGCUUCGUCAGAAAGCUCGGCUGCGUCGUCCACCGUGUCGUGGCACAAGUAUCGCUGGUGACGCUUGUGAUUCUGCACUGUCAUGCUUACAACGACUUCUUCUAA